AUGCCUACUGAAGCUAAAACCAUUACAAUUCCAGAGCCUACAUUGCUGACAAGUGACAACCUCUCUAUUUCCAUAACCAUGUGGCGUAGAUAUGCAAUAUUUAUGUUUUUGAUUUUGGCCUCAAAUUUUGAGGUGGAGGCCAUUGCCGGUUCUAGUUCUCAUCACCAAUCACAAGUAGUCCUUGACACAGAUGGUAACCAGCUUGAAGCUGGAAGAGAAUAUUACAUUGUUUCAGCCAUCCGAGGAGGCGGUGGAGGUGGGGUAACUAUUGGCAAAAGAGAAAGUUCAAGUUCACACACGCCCAUUGUGAGACAACAUUCCUAUGACUUGAACUUGGGUAGCCCUGUUACUUUCACUCCAGCAUCUACUUCUUCCAAAGAGAUGGUUAUUUGGGAAAAAUUUGAUGGAGUUCAGUAUCUCAGCGAGAUGCCAUCAGAAGAAAACAGGAUUGAGGAGCAAACCGAUUUGAAUAUCGGGUUCUCGGGAUCAAACAGAGUCUGGCAAGUGGAGGACGCCAGUAGUGAAUCAUCAUCAUCAUCUAGCCAGACAACAAGGUACGUGACACUCAGAGGCCAACCAGGUCAUCCAGGUGCCUCCACAGUGAGGAAUUGGUUCAGGAUAGAAAGGAUCAGCAGGUCAAACCCUGAGUAUCAAAUCACCUACUGUCCUAGUGUAUGCGAAUCUUGCCAUGUUGAGUGUGGGAAUGUCGGAAUUACGAAGGAAAAUGGGAAGAGGUGGCUUUCAGUUUCACAGCAUAGAGAGUUUCCCUUCGUAUUUGUGAGGGUGGGUGAGACACUCCAAGGAUCAAUAGAAAGCUCAGAAUGGAUAAGGAGUUAA